AUGACCCAACUAAAAGAAACAAAUUUUUUGAUACCAUACGUAAAAGGCAACAACGUCUCUAUUGGUAUGGGAGUCAGUGAGGACGCCACAUUUUCUACUGCUUUCGAACAGCCAUUCAUUACAGAGACUAUUCUGUUCAACAAAACGACCACAAUCAAAAGAGUUUUUCAAAAGUAUGAAAAAAAUUUUCAAUCCCUCAGUUUAAGCGGUCAAAUUGGUAGUGGGAAUGGUCGUUAUUCUCUACUUCUGUUUCGGCCGCAUACAACAGUAUGGUCCAAAGAGAUCAAUCUUAAUUUAUCGCUUUCACUAGAGUUUUUUAUUACAGUCAGAGAACAAUUUGUUGGAAAAAUUCAACCAUUCACCGCCGAGGCUAUAAAUAUUCUUAAAACUCAAGGAAAAGAUGGGUUUACCAGAAGAUACGGCAAAUAUUUUGUCGUUGGAAUCAUCUAUGGCGGCGAAAAAUGCGAUGCCUUGACUAUCACCAAGUCACAGAUGGAACGAAUGGAAAGCCUGCAAGUGACCAUCAGAGUCAGUUUCCUUUUUUUCAGCGUCUCUGAGACAUUCGAUGUAAUUACCGACAGUUUUAAAGACGGUUCUUUUCAAGGCAACUAUUAUACGAUGGAUACGACAAAAGGCUUACCGAAAUCGUACCAACAAAGAGAUGCGCUGGAUAAAUUUAGGGAGUUGGGAGAUAAUGUUCAUUUUGCGCAAGAUGUACAUAACACUAUCAAAAAUGCGAAGACAACCGAUUUGGAGAAUUAUAAAUUGCAGGUGAUAUUGUGCGAGUACGAACAACACCCUGAUUACAAUGAUAUACUGUCGGCUUGA